AUGGGUCAACCAAUGAAUAGACAAUUACAGCACACUGGUUUGAUAUCAGAAAGUGUAAAUGAAGUAUUCGCAUCGGAAGAUGAAACUCUCUCGGAAAAUGUAACAAUUUCUGAUCAGAAUAACCCUCUAUUUGUUUUUGAUAUAUUGUCUGAGAUUUUCUCAUAUUUGGAUAAUUUUACAGUUUAUUUGAGAUGUGUAUUGGUUUGUAAAACUUGGAGAUAUUGUGCUUGGCAUUUGUUGGAUGAAUUUAAUUUUAGAUAUGAUGAUUUGGAUUUGUUAUUUUAUGGGAAAGAGGGAGAACGAAUUGCCAAGCAAUUUAAUCCUUCUCUUGGAAGAUCGGAGGCAGUCCGAUUGAAUAAUACUCAAAUGUUGGAGUACAUGUUGAAUUUAAUUGUGAGAAAUGCUAGAUAUUUGAAAAAGUUUAAUGUUGUUGGAGCACAACAGAAUGAGGAUAUUAAAAAGAUGAUCAAUGAUGAGAGAAUUGCACUCUUGAUGAGAUCUUGCUCUGAAAACUUGGAAAUGUUGGAUUUAUCUUCUUGCGAUAAUUUGAAAGAGGUUUCGUAUAGUCAAAUACUGAACAAGUGUAGAAAAACUUUGAAAUCACUCAAACUCAGAUGUAGUUUAAGCAUUAGAGAUACCUUUGCUAAGGAUUAUAUUUCAACACUGGAAUCUUUGGAGUAUCUCAAUCUUUCGAAAUGUUGUUACAUUGGACUUUAUAGUUUAAUACCAAUUUCUACCAAUUGUACGAAAUUGAGAGUUUUGGAUGUGUCUGGAUGCACGUCAUUUUAUGGAUUUAGCUUUUUAAGGAAUUGUACAGUAUUGGAAGAGUUACAUGUACAAACAACAUAUUUUUCCUCAGAUGAUUUCCAAUACAUUCCAAAUUCAUUGAAAAUUUUGGAUGUGCAAAAUUGCGAACAAGUGAGAAGGUUGAAUCAUGUAGCAAACUUGGAACACUUGGAGGAAAUCAACCUUUCCUACAAUAACAUUCAACUUGAAGGAGAGUGGAAGAAUCACGUUAUGAAAUGGAAAAUUCUAAAGGCAAUUUCAGUACCAGUUGGCUGCGAGUUAUUAGACCAAACACCAUACUUGAAACAUUUAGAAAUUGGUUUCCUUGAAGCCUCUGCUAGCAUUACAAUGCUAAGUGUUCUCAAGAGGUCUCAUUCAUUCACAGAGGAAGAUUCAACAGCCAAGCUCAGCACCAAUCUGAAACAUUUACUCAUAACUGAUUCACACCUUACUCACUCUUUUGUUGAAGAAUUGAAAUACUAUUGUCCUUCAAUAGUAUUAAAAACUCGACGUUGCAAUAUCUAGUCUUAGACCAUUGCCUUUGUUUCAUCCAUAAUAAUCAUGUUGUGGUUGAAAGUUCAAGAAGAAAAGUGAAAAGAAAAAAAUGAGUGAAGAAGAAAUUAUUGAUUUUGGAGGUGAUGACCUUUUCCAAGUCGACCCUUCCUACUACAGGCAACCAAAACCAAAUCGUGUAGAAAUUAUUAAAAUCGAUAAUACAGAUAUUGAAAUUAAAGUGAGCAUUUUGGGU